UUCCCGCGCGUGCGCACCCCGCCUCGGCCGCCCGGAGCUGUAGUGCGGGCGGAACCUGCACGAGGCUAGGCGCCCUGGAGGAGGCGGGGGCCGCGGUACGGCCGGAGCCGCAGGAGGACGAGGAGGACGAGGAGGAGGCGUUGCCGCACUCUGAGGCGGUGGACGUGUUCCAGGAGGGUCUGGCCAUGGUGGUACAGGACCCGCUGCUCUGCGACCUUCCGAUCCAGGUUACUUUGGAAGAGGUCAAUUCCCAGAUAGCACUAGAAUACGGCCAAGCAAUGACAGUCCGAGUGUGCAAGAUGGAUGGAGAAGUUAUGCCUGUGGUUGUCGUCCAGAACGCCACUGUCCUGGACCUGAAGAAGGCCAUCCAGAGAUACGUGCAGCUCAGGCAGGAGCGCGAAGGGGGCAUUCAGCACAUCAGCUGGUCCUAUGUGUGGAGGACGUACCACCUGACCUCUGCAGGAGAGAAGCUCACAGAGGACCGGAAGAAACUCCGAGAUUAUGGUAUUCGGAAUCGGGAUGAGGUGUCCUUCAUCAAAAAGCUGAGACAAAAAUGAAUCUCCAGACAUGGACAACUCUGCAUGCUGGUGGCCAAGCUCUUCCCCAACGGGAGGAAGCCUUGGGCCACUGUGCCCGUUUCCCAGAAGAGUACUGAGGUAGCCUCACCCCAGCUGGACCUGCCUGGACUCUCAACAUGAACCCCAAUCCCAUGGCGGAUCCCACAGGGCUGUGGGCCUGGCCCUGUAUACAGAAUAAACCUAUCUGCUUCUAAGUUCAGAAAGUCAAG